UGGCUGCGGGACUGACGAGAAACUACUAAACUUCCUGUGCAAGCGAAGUAGAAUUUCAUAAGAACAUAAUGGAUGGAGAAGAGAAAACCUAUGGUGGUUGUGAAGGCCCUGAUGCCAUGUAUGUCAAAUUGAUAUCUUCAGAUGGUCAUGAAUUUAUUGUAAAAAGAGAACAUGCAUUAACAUCAGGAACAAUAAAAGCCAUAUUGAGUGGCCCAGGUCAAUUUGCUGAGAAUGAAACUAAUGAAGUCAAUUUUAGAGAGAUCCCUUCACACGUGCUAUCAAAAGUGUGCAUGUAUUUUACUUACAAGGUUCGCUACACUAACAGCUCCACGGAAAUUCCUGAAUUCCCAAUUGCACCUGAAAUUGCACUGGAACUGCUGAUGGCUGCGAACUUCCUAGAUUGUUAAAUAAAAUAAAUUAUAAUAAACUGUUAA